UUCUGAACCACACCUCCUACGGGGCAAAAGUCCAUGCGAAAUUGCCAGUAGUACACCUGACAGGCUGUAAACAAGAGUGGGUCGUUUUGUUAACAUUCUUUUCAGAAAGAUAAUCUGUCUUCAAAUCCUAUUUCGGCGUUGAGUUAUAAACCAGAAGAGCACCCGUAAGCAGGGACUAGAGAGAGACAGCACAUGCCUUCGAGAAAUGAUAACAGCGAACGGUCGCGGAAUUGUCCGUUAGAAGCGCAUUCGGUGCACAGGGGUAUGGAGACAGCUUGGUGCUGAGUUGGGAACAGGAUGCACCCACUGACACGCUCUAUUGUCCUUUAGCCUCUCUGCUCAGGGUGUGUGAAGCGCGGAGGAGGGAGGGAGGUGAGGAGCAGCCUCUGCCGUUGUGUGUGGUGACGGCGUCCGGAUGGCUCUCUGAAUGAUCCUCAUUCACCCCCCUCCAGCCGCUCCUCGUGCGCACACACACAUCAGUGGAAUCGUGCCACCCCGUCUGUCCCCCUGCCUGACCAACCCCCCCUAACACACACACACACACACACACCCCGGCGGCGCCCGAUGCUGGGUUCCGACGCCCGUUUGAAGCAGUGGCAGCAGCGUCGGCAGUGGAGCCGGAUCAGGCGUCUCUCAUCUUCCGUGGGGAGGCUGGUGCACUGAAGAGGGAGGAGGGAGAGAGCCGGGGCGAACGUCUCCGUGAGCGUCCACAUCAGAGCCGUGGAGUGGCCGGACCAAAAGGCCGAAGCCUCCUGUAGACGCCUCGAUACCCUGGACUCUCGGCUUUCAUGUGCUUCUCACAUAGCAGCCGGUGAAGUGUCUACUGUAUCAGAUGGACAGAGUAUGUGGUGCUGGUCAUCAUGAAUAAUUGAAUGGGAAUGGGAGCUGUUUGCUGAUGUGGACGCUAAGCGUUUGGUUUGAAAUUCGGAUGGAAGCCAUGCUGCUCGGGGGCAUCAGGAAAACGCCAGACUUCAGCAGGAACGGCUAGACACACUCUCCACUGUCGCCAGCUCAACAACACCACACUCUGGGCCGGGUUUUUCUGUCUUGGAGGGGGAGAGAUAAAGAACAAAAGAAAAGACUGCAGAACAAAAAUAAAGCCAAAUCUGCAAUCCACCACUACGUCACCUUCUUUAAAACUCAACCUGCAAAAUAUUCACACUGAAUCAUGAAACACACUUCAAAGGAGGCGACUCUAAAGGACUCUUUUAAAAGUGCAACUGCCAAUGUGCACUUUGAACAAAAAGAGAAAAGCUGAGUGGGAUCUUUUCCUGCUUUCAGAGUGACCUUGUACAAAAAGAAAAAAACAAAGCUAAGGAGAUCCAAUUGAUUACCCACUUUUAUGAUUUUCUCCGAGGUGUUUUUCUUUUUGUCGGAAGUGAACACACCUACUGCAGAUAAAGAAGAGUCCUCUCUCUGGUCUACUGUAACAAACCUGUGAUCUACAGCUGAGGGGCUUGUUUGGAUUAGACUCUCUCCCUGGAGGAAGGCAGAAGCUGGCACAAAGCUAAGGUUGGUAUUCUAGCGGAGCCUUCUGUGCCUUCACCCCGGCCCUCAGUCCCCUCCAGGCCUGGUGUCAGAGCGAGCUUCCCCCCAGUGACGGUGGCUGCCUGGGGGGCACCAUGUCGGAGCUGGAGGACUUUCCCCCGCCCCGGGGCUUCCAGCCGGCUCCCCCCGCCGCCACUCCCGCCGCCGCCGCCGACCCGGCCCGCAUCCAGCAGAACCUCCUGGAGGAGCAGGUGGAGCUGUGGUGGUUCCGGGAGCCGCGCAAGUCGCUGCUGUGCUACUGCGUGGCGGUGCUGCUGAUCCUGGGCUGCGGCCUGGGCGGCGUGGGCCUGCUCUCCACCACCACCAGCGUGUCCAGCGAGUGGCGCCUGGGCGUGGGCACGACGCUCUGCCUGCUGGCGCUGGCCGUGCUCCUCAAGCAGCUGCUGAGCUCGGCCGUGCAGGACAUGAACUGCGUGCGCAGCCGCCGGCGCAUCGACGUGCUCAAGAGCGGCGGCCUGGCCGACCUGCUGGCCGUGCUGCUGACCGGCGUGGCGCUGCUGGUGUGCGGCGCCGUGCUGCUGGACCUGGCGCUGGCCAUGCACAUGCCCAAGCCGGGCCGCGCGCUCAACGACAUGUUCAUCUCCGGCGUGGUGCUGCUGGCCGGCGGCGGCGCCGCCACGCUGGCCGUGGUGGUGUACGCGCUGGCCGUCUUCCUCGUGGAGCAGACGGGCCCCGGGCAGCGGCUCAGGGAGCGGGCGGUCGGCGUGUUCACCAUAUCGGGCCGCAUGCGGGAGGCCAGGAGAGAGACCACGUCCAGCUUAGCCCAGCUCAUCUGAGCGUGUGGCCAGCAGCUCAAGCCGGCGCAGACAGCGUGAGGGUGUCACCCUCAAAACACGCCGUGGGUUUUGGUGCCUCCGUCGGAGCCCGCGAUGAGCUCGUCACCGUCAUUAACGGAACAAUCCCGGACCUGAUCUAUCUCCCCCUCAGUGACACUGUAGCGAUGUUUGAUGAUAAACUGGAAGCGACGCGCCAGGAGAGAAAAUAAGGAGCCCGGGGGAGAUUUAUCACCGGCCCUUAUUUAUGCACCGCGAAAUCAUCAAUGUUUGAAUCAGGCCAAACGACCAAUUUCCAAGAAUGAUUAGCCAUGCGAUUGCCUCGGACGCACGGUCCACGCAAAUGGAUCUGUCGGGACGAGCGGCUCCACGGGAGUCCAUAGGAAAAUUGAUCUGGAAGAAAUGGACCUUGGACCUGUAAUAGGGCAUGGGGCGCUUUCAAUUCGCGCCUCGGUCCUUUUUUUUUUUCUUUUUUUUUCCUCCACCUCGGACUCGCAAUUAAUUUCGACACGUCUGUCCUUCACACUUCUAUUUCCGUGACUCGGGGAGAGCAUGCCAACUGGAGACGUCCAUCUGGAGGUGUCGGCUGCGUGGCGGGAGACGGCGGCGGCGGCGGAAGGCCGGAUGGGACCGGAUGACUCUCACACGAUCACACGGAUUUGCAUGGCUGUGAAUUCAUACCUCUUUGCCUCGCUCUGAUUUUUUUUUUCUUUGCACAAAAGAACAAAAAAACACGUCCUCCUCAUCACCAAAAACUGAGAAAAGCUUUUCCGAUCCAGCUGCAUAGUCCAACUGUGCCACGUGUGUGUGUGUGUGUGCGUGUGUGUGUGUGUGUGUGUCAUCAGGCUAUGGCAUCAAAAUAAGCAGUGCUUUUAGUAUUAAUGUUCCCCAGUAGAGGUGAUCUUUUUGGCCUUUGAAGAAUUUUUGUCUGCCUUUUGCACUUUUGCUGUCAGACUGUUCACAUGCACAGUCCUAAAUAAAGAAUGUAGACAGAGUCAUAUGCAUUUUGAGUGUCUCAGAGAGAGAGAGAGUGAAAAGAGUGAGAUAUGGAAUGGAGGAAGGCAGUGCUUUUGCAAAUGGGCAUUAUUCUACACGACAGCUGUACAGCUCUAAGCCAUGUGCGGGUGUGUUAGUGCUCUAGCUCCUCUUCUGUCUGUCUGACAGUGCCUUUAUUCUUUCUGAUCGCUUUUCUCUGCCUGUCUGUCUGUGUGUGUGUGUGUGUGUGUGUGUGUGUGUGUAUGCCAGUGUGUGUGGUGUGUGUAUGUGUGUGUCAGUUCAUAUACCAUAUGCUAUUAUAUCUGUGCCAAUUAUACUGUUCUAUUUUAUAACGUACAUGUAUGUGUGUGUGUGUGUGUGUGUGUGUGUGUGUGUGUGUGUGUGUUUCUGGGGCAGUAGUGUGCUGUGUGUCAGGUAAGCUGUAAGGCAGUAGUAGAUCAAGAGCCUGAGAUGAGCUGAGUCACACAAGCAGAUACGGUGCAUGAUGCAGUGCAUCAGGGGCAAGAGCUGGGCAGGACGAGCCGGUGCUGGGCAACGCCAGUUCCCACAGACCACAACCGGGCUAUUGUGACACGGCCAGCGGCCACUGUUGCCUCACAAUGGCCCGCUCUAUGACCCACUGUCACCCAGGCACAGACUGGGCGCAUGCAGGGAGAGAUAAGAGGGUCCGCGUCUGGUACUCCCUCUAAGACACAAACCCGCCCCCCCGCCCCUACCCCAGUUGCACAUGAUCUAGCGCUUUGUUUCAUUGAGACUUCUUACCAAGUGUGCAUGGAUGGAUACUCACACAUUGGUUUGAUGUGAUUUGGGAGCAAAAAAAAACAACCCAAACCCAAAGGCUCUUAUAUGAAUUUGUGUUUUUUUCAUGGAAACAAUGAGAUGAAUACGUCCGUGUCUUCUGCUCAAUAGUAACUGGUUGUGUGUGCAAUCAAGCAUACACUUGUUCACCAAUGAUGAGACAAAGAGAGCAUCCAUGGAACCACACAAGCUCUAAGUGAGAAGAGCAUACACAAUUAUGUGGAAUGAUGUUAUUCAAUAAUACUGUCCUUAAUACAAAAAUAAAGUAAUGAUUUCAAACUUGUGCUGAUAAAAA